AAUGAAGGGAACUUGUUUAUGAGAUGAAUUUAUGCAAAACAAAAGUAUCUUUCAUUGAGGCCGAUAUUUUUCCGGUCAUUCAUACAAUCCGUGAUACGCCUUCAAAUACCAAUGGUAUCGUCGAUUUAUCAUCGACCGUCAAUUCUUUUUUAGCUUAUCCAGGCUCAAUCAACAAUGGCCAUGUUCAAUUAUUUGACGUGACACGUUUGAAUUCGAUGAAUACAAUUUCGGCGCAUACCAGUCCAUUGGCGGCGUUACGUUUCAGUUAUGAUGGCAAAAAGUUGGCUACUGCUUCAACUCGUGGUACUGUAAUUCGUGUAUUUGACACCGAGUCUGGUGAUCGGUUGUAUGAGUUCACAAGGGGCGUUAAAAGGUUUGUGAGUAUAUAUUCACUGGCAUUUAGUAUCGAUGGUAACUAUUUGUGCUCUUCAAGUAAUACCGAAACGGUCCAUGUGUUCAGGUUGGAAGCAACAGCUGAUCCAAUAAAUGAAAAUGAGGACGAGGAAGAACAAGGAUGGGUAGAUUAUUUAUCAAAACAGGCGAGUAGCUACUUACCGGCACAAAUGAAUGAUCUUUGGUUGCGGGGAAAAAGUUUCGCUACUGCAAGAUUGCCGUCAGUUGGAAAACGAAAUGCGGUUGCGCUAUCAGUAAUGAACGGUAAAUUACAUUUACUGGUCGUAACGACAGAUGGUUUUGUAUACAUAUAUCCGGUAGAGGCAGAAGGAGGUGAACUGACGCUGUUACGACAACAUAAAGUCACCAUAAAGCAUGCUCCGGCGAUCCAUGCACAUGAUCCAUCCGAAAAUCAAAGUAAUGAAGAUAACGAUGGAACGAGAAGUGAAGAAGGACAAACUGCGGAUAGACAUAUAACAGACGACUUUCCACCGCUAAAUCAUUCCACCACAUAGAUUUUACCAUAAUUCUGCUCGGUAAAAAAUAUAAAAUUCUUACAAAAUCGAUGGAUCCACUUGUACAGCAUGCAUUCAUAAAAAACUUAAGGCUUGUAAAUUACAUUGUAAAUGAUGUUUGUGAGUAAUUUAAUUCCAUAUAUUAAAUUGCAUCUGAACUCAUGGAGUCUUCUGAGGUUGUAUUUAGCUCCACGCUAUUUGUCGGAUUUAGUUGUUCAAAGUUAAUUUUAUGUAAUUUGAAUAUGGAGUCAAUAUUCUGUAUCCUGCUUCAUUGCUUUGCUUGUGAUUUAGUUCCUCAAAAGGAGGAUCAGGGUUCAUUACCACUUCUCUUACAUUUUCAUCACUUCAUUAUUUUUUUGAGUGAAAAGAAAUUGAUGAUUGUCAAUAUUUUUAUAGUUAAAUACGAUUUGGACUCAAUAACUCAUUAUUAGGUUGUUCCCAAAAUGACGUUUAAUGGGUGCUGAACAGAUCUUCCACUGCACUGUUUCCUGUGAAAAUGCCAUAUUUUUGUGAAAUUCUUUUUUGACAUUUUUCAUUCUUCAUACUUUUUCAUACAUAUUUUUCAUGUUUUCUUUUUAUUUGCACAAUUCCUUUUCUUUAAACUAUUGCUUUAAUUUUUGUUCGAAAAGAAUUUUGCAUUUGUAAAUUUUGUGUAUUUGAUUGAGCAAAUCUUUUGUAUAUUCUCACUUUCAGCAUUAUCUUGAGGAUCAUUUCUUUCUUUUCGAAAUAGUUCCAUUUUUUAUUAACUUUUUUACAUGUGGUAGUAUAGUUCGUUCCAUCCACUUCAACUGCACAAAAACAGUUUUGAAAAUCGGCAUCAGAAUGUUGUAGAUGUUAUUAUCUCCGCUAUCACUUAAAAUGAUUUCUUGUCAUCGAUAAGCUGACAAGAAUGGUUUUGAGAAGUAAUGCUUUAUUGAUAUUUAAUUAUACAGGUUUGACAAAUAUUUUACAAUAAAAAGCAGCUUUGUUCAAAACAUGUAAUA